AUGGCUGCCAUUUUUUCAACCUCCGCCCUCGUCUCUACAUCCACCACCACCUCCUCCGCCUCUAAACCUCCUCCAAAACCUCAACUUCCACCAUUUCUACCCAAAACCCAAGUCACAAUCCCACCCUCCAAACCGCCGUUAACCAACUUUACCACCGCCUUGACCGCCACUGCCAUAGCUACCACAAUACUAACCGCCGCCACGACACCUUCCUCUUUAGCCGAUUCAACCACAGCCUUCCACUUAUACUACGGCACUGCCGCUAGCGCGUCCAGCUACGGCGGCUAUGGCGGAAACUCUGACAAGAAAGCCUCCGCCGAGUACACCUACGACGUCCCGGACGGCUGGAAAGAACGCCUAGUUUCAAAAGUCGAGAAGGGUACAAACGGCACCGAUAGCGAAUUCUACAACCCGAAGAAGAAAUCGGAGAAGGAGUACCUGACAUUUCUCGCUGGAUUCCGGCAACUGGCGCCGAAGGAUGUGAUUCUUAACAACUUGGCUUUAUCAGACGUGGAUUUGCAGGAUCUUAUCGCCAGCGCCCAGACGGUGGUUUCCGAUGAGAGGAAGGACGAUAAUGGGCAAGUGUAUUAUGUUUAUGAGAUUGAUGGGGUUGGUGCACAUAGCUUGAUUUCGGUGACUUGUGCGAAUAAUAAGCUUUACGCGCAUUUUGUCAACGCGCCGGCGCCGGAGUGGCAGAAGGAUAAGGAAACUUUGAAACACAUUCAUGAGUCGUUUAAGACAGUUGGGUGA